CAUUACCCAGAAGGCUGGAGUCUCUUAUACGUCAUCUGCAAUCACUGUUGUAUUUCCAACAUGGCGUCGCUGGGAAGGAGGCGCGGUGUCCCAGUAAACAGGGAGAGGGGAGUGAUGGCGGCGACAGACUGCUACAUUGUGCAUGAAAUCUACAAUGGAGAGAAUGCACAGGACCAGUUUGAGUAUGAGCUGGAGCAAGCACUGGAGGCCCAGUAUAAAUACAUUGUUAUUGAGCCCACACGCAUCGGAGAUGAGACAGCCCGGUGGAUUACUGUGGGCAACUGCCUGCACAAGACGGCUGUGUUGUCAGGCACUGCUUGCCUCUUGACACCACUUUCACUGCCCGUUGAAUACUCACGAUAUGUGGCCUUGCCUGCUGGCGCUCUCAGUGUGGCCUGUGCUGCCCUCUAUGGGAUUUCAUGGCAGUUUGACCCCUGCUGCAAGUACCAGGUGGAAUAUGACAGCCAAAAACUUUCACGGCUGCCCCUGCAUACACUCACCUCAUCGACACCCGUGGUAUUGGUACGCAGGGAUGACGUCCACAGAAAGAGACUCCAUAAUACGAUGGCACUGGCUGCUCUGGUGUAUUGCGCCAAGAAGAUCUAUGAACUCUAUGCGGUAUGAGUGCAUUCUGAAGAAGGUUUAAGAACCGAAUGGAAAAAAAUGGGGGGUGGGAAGAAAACGACAAAAAAAGAGAACCUAUUCAUCCCCAGAUGUAAGAAAUUGGAAGUUACAAUCACACUGAGCACUUAGCUUCACACGUGGUGGGUGCUUCCAUUUUGAAUUUUGAUCAGCAGGAUAUAGUUAAAACUAGAAGGAAUUGUUUUUCCCUUUUGUUUCCUUUUAUUUCUAUGUGACAACAACAGCACAUUUUUCUCUGUAGUACCCUUGCGCCUCCUCCCCUGGUCCUCCACCUGUAUCCUUGACACAUGACAAGCUAGUAUAUACAAGGGUAUAGCAUCAGCAGCUCCCCUGGACUAAACUGUACUGCAAUCGAAAUGGAUGUUUUGAGUACCAAGCUCUUUACCUUUUCCCUCAUAGUUUUACUGUACCCCUUUCUUGCAAAUCAGUACAUCACCCAUUCAUUAAAUAAUUAGGUUAUUUCAAACUCAGUUUUCUGUAUUUUAUUUUAUUUUUUCAUUAAAUGAAUUCUACAUGAUGUCCAGAAAAGGGCCAAUAGCUGAGACUUAUUUGUGUCUUGUUCAUGUAGAUUUUUAUGUUUAAAGGAGUACAAGUAAGCUCUUGUGUGACAAUGAUGUGGCUCAGUGUCCUCAUUUGGGGGGAAAAAACCCAAAACACUAGGUUUUGGAAAGUCAAAUUUCACACUUGCAUCUAGUAAUGUAUAUUACAUUAGCAUUAAGCCAAACCGUUGUAAUUCCCCCGAAAAUUCUAAAUUCCCACUUUGUUUUUUCUUGUGUGUAUCCAGUGGUGCUCAUUAUGAGUUUGCUGUCACCAGCAGGUUUAAAAUUUUAGGCCACAGGGGAGGUGAUACACAUUAUGAGACUCACAAGAAUAAGUAUGGAUGAGAUAUGAUAUAAGAAGAGACUUUCAACUGUUGAAUAAUAAAUUGGAUUUUAGAUGUGAAUUAGUUGAAUACUAAGAGUGACGGUAAUCUCAUCAUCAUCACCAAUCAAAAAUAAAUGUUAUUUAAAUGUAUAAUAAGGGCAAAAUAAAGGUUGUUUUGACAAACUUAUUUUUUGUCAGAGGGAAACUAGCAAAUUAAAACUUUUUAUGGUACAGCUGUUUGUGAAUUUUCCUUAAGAAUUUGAUAUAAAUCUCAUAAAAGGUCCAUCGAAUAGUGUAAUAGAAAUACAUUGUAAACUUGUUUUAAGGUUUACAAACUGGUGGUGUUUCAGUAAGUAGUAUGUUCACAUGUUAUGCCAGUAGCUGUUAAUAACAGUGUAUCACAAAUGUACAAAUCUUGUCUUUGCUUCAUUACAAGAUUUUAGACAAUCAGGGAAUUUAUAACCUUUUAGACUGGUGGGACUGUACACAGGGACUGUAUUAGGGUUGCAAAGAGUUCAGUUCAUGAAAAUGUUCAGAUGUUGACCAUGAUAAAUGUUUCCUACUGUCCUGAAAUUUUAACUUUUUUUUUUUUCCAAUUUGAGUGGUGCUUAUAUAAGUCAAAAUGUAUAGUUUCUUAAUAAUUGUGUACUGUGUGUGAAAGCAACACUUAAGAAAAGUGAGACCCAGGCUUUUGGCUUUAACUUGGAGAAGCUUCAGUUGGAAAAUUUAGAUGUGCUCUUUGUUCACGUUGAUGUGUUGGGUAAAUUUCCAGUUCCCUUAUUUGAUUGUUCAUCAAUCUUCACUCGACCCUGAAGUCGUUCCAGUCCUGCUCUGAGAAAUGAGGAUCAAGGAGGCUGCCUGGAGGAGCCACGAUGAACAUACAAGAAAGCAUCCUUUGCAGAAGUCUUUUAUGGACUGACAUGCCUCUUAUCAGAAAUCAGUUGGUGAUUGGAUGCUUCAGAUGAAGGAUUAGAGAAAAAUACAUCCCAUGUUUGUAUGAACACGUUGCCUUGAUUCCUCAUUUCUCAUAUUUUCUCAUAGCUUCUUUUCCUUGCAUCUUGUGCGGGUGGGACUAACAAGGAAAAGGUGCAAGUGAGGAAAAUGUGGAUGCACCGAUUUGGUGAGCUCAGCCUUAGUUUUGCAGCUUGUACAUUUCCCUCUCAAUCAUUUUUUAAAUAAAAUAAAAUGCAUUUAUGCAUACAGAGUAUGCUAAAACCUCCACUGCUGCUGGCUCUCACCGUAAAUACAAGGACAGCCUGAAAAAACUAUUAGUUUGCUGAUUUAGGGCCAGAGCAGGCUAAUUAUAUGUCAGCUUAUACUAGUGCUGACCCAAAGGAGAUUUGGCAACUAGAUGUACUGGCUAUUUAUCAUAUGACAGGUGAAUGACAUAAUUAUGUUUAUUUAUUAAUUCCGCUAUCUUAUUUUAUA